AUGCUUCUUCUCCUGCCCUCUCUCCUCGCUCUCCUCCCCCUCGCAGGCGUCGCAUCACCCUUGUCGUCCGUCCGCGCCAACAAACGCGGCACGAAUCUAUCGUCCGAAACGCAGAACGGCCUACUCGACGGCUCGCCCUGCGCCCCCAUCACGCUCAUCUGGGCUCGAGGCACCAACGAGAUCGGCAACGUCGGCCUGCGCACCGGCCCGUCCUUCUUCAAGGCCGUCGCGGACAUCAUCGGCCCGAAGAACCUGGCCGUGCAUGGCGUCACGUACCCGGCGGGGAAGCUAGGCUUCUUGUCCGGGGGAAGUGCAGAGGGGAGCAGGAACAUGGCGGAGCUGGCGGAGCUGGCGGCGAAGCAAUGUCCCGAGACGAAGAUUGUGUUGAGUGGGUACAGUCAAGGAGCGCAGUUGGUGCAUCGCGCAGCCAAGCUAUUGAGUGCCGCGACGGCCACGCGCAUCUCUUCAGUGGUCGUAUUUGGGGAUCCCUACCACCCAGCUGCCAUCCCGGGCAUCCCAGACUGGAAAGUCGCUACCUUCUGUCGUAAAGGGGACAAUAUAUGCGAGGGAGGCAUGCGAAUCGGUCAAGCUCACCGCGAGUACCCACAGGAUGCUCCGGCGGCGGCAGAGUUUGUGGUUAAGCAGUCGGGACUUUGA